CAGUCUUUUAAAAAAUAUCAAGCAGGAAUAAAAUUUUCCAUCCAACGAUGCGACUUCACAAAGUAUACCAUCGCCUGUCUCUUCUCCACCUCUCCCCAAUCUCUCCCCCUUCCAAUCCCUGUCUUCUUCCUCUAAUUCCUCCACACUCAUCACGACUCAGAUUUCCUCGCAGAAUCACCGGUAAUUUUACUAGUAUCACUUUAAUGGGUUGCUCCCGGUUUCGCAAUAUUGCUCCUCUCAGUGAUAUGGUCACUGAAGAUGGUGGGGGCGGAAACUCCAAUGGUUCUAUUUCAUCCUCCACCGCUACCUUUGAUUACGAAGAAGAGUCAACUGUUGGAGUAGCAUAUCGUGUUCCUCCACCUGAGAUCAAGGAUAUUGUGGAUGCUCCACCGGUGCCUGCUUUGUCAUUUUCUCCACAUAGAGACAAAAUUCUAUUUCUCAAGCGAAGAUCUUUACCACCUCUGGCAGAAUUAGCAAGACCAGAGGAAAAGUUGGCCGGUAUACGCAUUGAUGGACACUGCAAUACUAGGAGUCGCAUGUCAUUUUACACUGGCAUAGGAAUCCAUCAAAUUCUUCCUGACAACACCUUAGGGCCAGAGUUAGAAGUUCAUGGUGUCCCUGAUGGUGCCAAGAUCAAUUUUGUUUCAUGGUCUCCUGAUGGCCAGCAUUUAUCCUUUAGCAUUCGGGGGAAUGGGGAGGACAAUGAAAGUAGUAGGCUCAGGGUAUGGAUUGCUGAUGUUGAAACAGGGAAAGCAAGACCUUUAUUUCAGUCACCUGACAUAUAUUUAAAUGCAGUUUUUGACAAUUAUGUAUGGGUAGAUAACUCUAGACUGUUAGUUUGCACUAUUCCAUUAUCUCGUGGAGCUCCACCAAGGAAGCCUUUGGUCCCUUUUGGCCCUAAAAUUCAGUCUAAUGAAGAGAAAAAUGUUAUUCAAGUGAGAACAUUUCAGGAUUUGCUGAAGGAUGAAUAUGAUGAAGAUUUGUUUGACUACUUUGCAACUUCACAGCUGAUUUUAGCUUCCCUGGAUGGUACAACAAGUGAUAUUGGCCCACCAGCUGUUUAUACUUCAAUGGACCCAUCCCCAGAUCAUAAAUACAUUUUGAUUAGUUCAAUUCAUAGGCCAUACUCUUUCACUGUACCUUGCGGAAGAUUUCCAAAGAAGGUAGAUUUAUGGAGUGCAGAUGGAAAAUUUGUCAGGCAACUCUGUGACUUACCCCUGGCUGAAGACAUCCCAAUUGCUUUCAACAGUGUGCGGAAGGGGAUGCGGUCCAUUAACUGGAGAGCUGAUAAGCCAUCCACGCUUUACUGGGUAGAAACUCAAGAUGGAGGUGAUGCAAAGGUGGAGGUUUCUCCACGAGAUGUAAUUUACACACAACCUGCUGAGACCCUGGAGGGUGAGCAGCCAGUUAUACUGCACAAACUUGAUCUCCGCUAUGGUGGGAUUUCAUGGUGUGAUGAUUCACUGGCGUUGGUAUAUGAAUCAUGGUAUAAAACACGACGAACAAGAACAUGGGUAAUCUCUCCUGGGUAUGAUGAUGUGAAUUCCCGCAUCCUAUUUGAUAGAUCUUCAGAAGAUGUCUACUCUGAUCCUGGCUCUCCCAUGCUGCGGAGAACUAAAGCUGGGACAUAUGUUAUUGCCAAUGUAAAAAAAGAGAGUGAUGAAGGAAGAUAUGUUUUGCUAAAUGGAAUUGGUGCUACGCCAGACGGGAACAUCCCAUUCCUUGAUCUGUUUGAAAUAAAUACAGGUAGCAAAGAACGAAUCUGGGAGAGUGAUAAAGAAAAGUAUUAUGAGACUGUUGUUGCUCUAAUGUCUGAUCAGGAAGAAGGGGAUUUGCAUCUAGAUCAACUUAAAAUACUGACUUCUAAAGAGUCAAAAACUGAGAACACCCAAUAUUACAUGGUCACCUGGCCAGAUAAAAAGGCAUAUCAGAUUACAAAUUUCCCUCAUCCAUAUCCUCAGCUUGCAUCAUUGCAAAAAGAGAUGAUUAGAUAUCAAAGAAAGGAUGGAGUUCAACUUACAGCUACAUUAUAUCUUCCACCAGGAUACAAUCCACCAACAGAUGGCCCUUUGCCAUGUCUGGUUUGGUCGUACCCAGGGGAAUUUAAAAGCAAAGAUGCUGCAGGACAAGUUCGUGGCUCUCCUAAUGAAUUUGCUGGGAUAGGUCCUACAUCAGCCCUUCUCUGGCUGGCAAGAAGAUUUGUCAUUCUAUCCGGACCUACUAUUCCUAUUAUUGGUGAGGGCGAUGUGGAGGCAAAUGAUACGUAUGUAGAACAAUUAGUUGCAAGUGCUGAGGCUGCUGUGGAUGAAGUUAUCCGGCGGGGGGUAGCUCAUCCAAAAAAAAUAGCUGUUGGUGGACAUUCCUAUGGUGCUUUCAUGACUGCUAACCUCCUGGCACAUGCACCUCAUCUCUUCUGCUGUGGGAUUGCUCGGUCUGGUGCUUACAACAGAACACUCACUCCCUUUGGUUUUCAGAAUGAAGACAGAACUCUUUGGGAGGCCACUAAUACUUAUGUAGAGAUGAGUCCUUUCAUGUCGGCUAAUAAAAUUAAGAAGCCCAUCUUGCUUAUGCAUGGGGAAGAAGAUAAUAAUCCAGGAACAUUAACCAUGCAGUCAGAUAGGUUUUUUAAUGCUCUGAAGGGCCAUGGUGCUCUAUGUCGACUUGUGAUUCUGCCUUAUGAAAGCCAUGGUUAUGCUGCCAGAGAAAGCAUCAUGCAUGUCCUCUGGGAAACAGAUAGAUGGCUGCAUAAGCACUGUGUAUCGAACAGUUCUCAUGUAGAUGAAGAUCAUGGCUCUGGAACAGUCGAACAGAAUGCUGGCAAAGGAAAUGAAGAUUCUGAAAGCAAAGUGGUCGGUCCCACUGGAGGGGGUAGCACGGAAGCAUCUGAUCUCAAGUAUGAAGGACUCCACUCCAUGCCAAGGUCAUCAUUGUGAUGGCUAAUCUUUGGCUGCCAAGGUGAUGCAUUGGAAUGAUACAAGGAUAAGACCGAGCAACAAGAUGCCACACCAGUCAUUGAGUAUGCAGCAGGAUAGACUUGUGACAGAGGCAGACAUUGCGAGUAUGAGUGUGUAAUUGCGCUCCAUCACCAUUAAUCAGGCAGUCGCCUGAAACCAUUCACGGAGGCAUAAAUUGAUGGUGUGGUGGAUUCGCCAGGAUUUACCCCCAUCAGAUUUUUUUUUUUGGCAAAGUAAUUUAAAUGUUUUAGGAAUAACUGAACUUUUAUUCCUCCAUUUAUUCCGAGGGAAGUGAUUGGAAGUGGCCUUGUAAGUCUAUAUUCUAAGGCUGAUCGAGAAGGUUCUAUUGUACUAGCGGCUGCCUGGAUGUCUUUGUAAAACAUUGAUCUCGUUUAGUUGACAUUAAUGUGCCCUGUAGAGAUUAAGAUCAAAAUAAGAUUUUGCCUCUCGUUUAUGUA